UUCAUUUACAUGGAGAAAAAUGGCGGAGUGGAGCUGCGGAGCUGCGGAGGCUGCAUCGGCGAAGCUGCUGGCAGUUUAAACACAACACACGGGCACACAGUCGCCGCGGACGGGGCCACCGUGUAGGGAGGGCACUACCGUAGGAGCGGGGCGAGGUUAAUCUCCGAACCGGCGGACAACUUCAUUUAUUAUUUUCCCUAAAAAACGAGAAGCCCGAGCCGAGUGAGGAGCCACGAAAACAAGUCAUGAACGGGGAUAUUGUAUGCAAUUCAGUCACUGUCUUAAGCUGCACCAAGUCCACAUCACCAGGUCAGCAUGAAAACACGAUCAAGCUGACACAGGAGGGGAGGUGCCCUGCAAUAAGCUCCCAGCAAAAUGAUGCUCAGUGGCAGGGAGAAGGUAGGAGAACAAAUACCAUCAGCACUACACCAAAAGCCUCGAAGAGCCAGUGUUCACCCUGCUGGUCAGAUGAACAGCCGUCACCUCCGCAGCUCUACUGCUCUCAGACCUGCCUUCGUUCCCCUGCUGAACCCUCCCUGCCUCUCAGUAACAGCCUGUGUCACAGUCUUCUCCUCACAGACAACAGCGGCGCUCUCCACAGCCACCAGAGGAGAGGAGUCCGCCACCAGAGGAGAGCGACCCGCCCCAAGGUCGAAGGAAAGAAACCACCUCGAAGAAUUGCAGCCGGGAAAAACUCCCAAAACCGAAAAGUUACUGACUACUACCCAAUAAGACGAAGCUCAAGAAAAAGUAAAACAGAGCUAAAGUGUGAACAAAAGAAGCUCAUAGACGAUCUCAUCACAAAGGGAAUAGAGGAAGGAAUGGAGGUGCAGCAUAUAGAAGGAAAGGGGAGAGCAGUUUUUGCCAAUCGGUGUUUCCAGAAAGGCGAGUAUGUGGUGGAGUACCACGGAGACCUGCUGCAGAUCACCGACGCCAAAAAGAGGGAGGCCGAAUACGCUCAAAACCCUGCCACUGGCUGCUACAUGUACUACUUCCAGUACCUCUGCAAAACAUACUGCGUUGAUGCUACGAAAGAGUCUGGUCGAAUGGGUAGGUUGAUAAAUCACAGUAAAAACGGAAACUGCCAAACCAAACUCCACGACAUCAACGGUGUCCCUCACCUCAUCCUCGUCGCCUCUCGAGACAUUGACGAGGGCGAGGAGUUGCUCUAUGACUACGGAGACCGCAGUAAAGCCUCCAUCGCAGCUCACCCAUGGCUCAAAUACUGAUUGAGGGGACCUCCAAAAACAAAAAAAAAAAAGAAAAAGAGAAGGGAAACAUACAGUAACACUUGUGUUUCUCAUUUGCUAGUGUACAAAAUGCCUUAGAAACAGAAUGUGUACCCUUUUUGUUCCAGUAUUAACGGCGCUGGAUGGGUUUAGUAACUGUUAACGGGGCUGAUGGGGGUUGAUCGGGUACUUAUCACAUUUCAAUUGAGGUCCAUCUGCCUUGUCAGAUGACAUCUGUACUUUUAUUUAUAUGUGUAUAUGAAACAUUCUGGUUGUUUUGCAGCACAUUUAUUUUGUACAUUUUGUAUUACCUAUAGACCAGUGCUUCUACAGCAUGCAGGUGGUAGUUAAUGCUCUGCAUUUUUAUACUGCUUUUUCUUAAUUAGUGGUUAGAUACUUAGCAAUACUUCUAUUUAUGGCCCCAGAGCCCUUUUGGAUCAGCAAGAAUUAUCAGAUGCAAAUUACAAACCCUUUUUAAAAAAACGUAUUCUGUCAGAGUGGAAUUUAAUUUCAGCCAUUAAAACUCACACAGUCCACCAUUGUUUAGUGGGAGUGUAAUAGUUUACCACGCUCACGGUGCAGUUGGAAUUUCGGGUGUUUGGCACUAGAUUAUACUUUUUUUUAUUAUUAUACUUUUUUAUGGCGUUCAUCACACAGACUUACAAGAUCACACAGGGACACAGAACCUACUCAGAUGUACUGUUUUCAUGCCUUUAGUCUUUAACACGUAUAGUAUUUUUUAAUAUUGAAGAUGCAAAUCAUAUUUGAAUCAUGUCGUAAAUGUUCAAAUAAUUCACACAACUGCAGUUAAUUUUCUUUUCUUUUUUUUUUUUAAAUGUAUAUGAAAGUUGAUUAUAAAGCAGUGAGUGAUACGACUGAUUCAAACAGACUCAAGAAUUUAAAAGAUGGUUUGAACUUCUACAUCCUACACUGGCUCACGUGAUUUAUCUCGUCAGUGUUUUCAGCGUCAGGUUCUUAAUCUCACUUGCAUUUAAAUUCUUCACCUGGUGACACUGUCUAUACUACUGCACUAUGUAAAUAUAUUUAUUAGCUUGCUGUUGCAAAGUCAGGGGUGGUUUAAAGGAAUAGUUUGACAUUUUGGGGAAACAUGUUUUAGCCGCAUUUUUAAUUCCCAUUUAGGAGAAUUUGAAAGUUAACUUAUUUAAAGUUCAUUCUAACAUACUAAUGGUCUUAAUUGUGGUCGUUAUUGUGUUUGUUUCUAUGGCGCUGGGGAGGAGUUAAUUAAUUCUCGUUGCGUUCUUUGGCUGGUUUACUUCCUCCAGACGUCCGUUUGGUCAAACACAAAACCACCGACCAACAAAACGCACAUUAAAAAAAAAGUCUUCUCCUAUAUGAACUGUCUUUUAUCACAAAGCUAUGACCAAAAAUUAAUAUGAACAGGAAAAAUACACUCAGUGUUCACUUUAUUAGGUACACCUGUAAUCUCAACAACAGCUCAGCCAUAAAUUCCACCUUUACAAAGGUAAAUGUUCAGGUUUUGUCGAUACUGUCAGAGACAUGUUAGUUUAACUAUGUUUAUUAUUGAGGUUGUAGUUUGCAGUGUUGGUACAUUUCCACACCACUGCAAACUACAAUAAACAUAUAUUUGAAUUAUCACCUUUCUGACAGAAUCGACAAACACUGAGCAUUACAAUCUACAAAUGUAGAAUUUAUCUUUGCCUUAUUGUGAGAAAUUAAAGAUCAAAACAAAUGAAUCCAACAGUAAACGUAGAUGUACCUAAUACAGGAGCCAGGGAGUGCAGUUUCAGCCUCAAGGUUACAAGCUCAAGUGUCUUAUUGUUGUUAUUGUAGUUGUUGGGGGGAGGGGCAGCUCAGUGGAUUGUAGCCUGGCUUGUUUUAGGACAGGCUAGCUGUUUUCCCACCUGUUCCCAGUCUUUAUGCUAAGCUAAGCUAAGUAUUUCCCAAAAUGUCAACAGGCUAAAGCGUCUGCUGGACCAACCACAUGUUUUGUUUUUUUUUUUUGGCAGAAAGGUUUUCACAUAAAUUUCAUAUUUCUACACAUGUAAACAAAUCAUCAGUGUCUGCAACCCACGGGUUUGGUGAACUGUUACACUCCCGCUGUUCAUCCUAGAUGUUUGCAGAUUUUUCUACACAUCAGUUCCUCUUGCGCACAAAGUUGUCACGUCGUUCACAACCAGAUAUUCCAUGUGAGAAGUGUUUAACAGCUGAACUGCCAACAGGUCAUUUUUCUACUUUAUAUUUUAGUAGCUUUUUUCAAAUCUGUUUUUUCUAUAUGAGUUGUAGCCGAAAGGUCCAAGAGUUCUGGCACUGCUCCAGUCACACACUUAAAAUGUUAUUUUUUUCCUGUUAUAUCUUUUCAAAUGACUUGAUUUUUGUUUGAUUUAGUUAUACAGAGACAAAUUUAAUGGUUUUUAAGAUAAUUGUUAAGAAGCGUGUUCAGUAUGUAGAUACUUGGUUUGACAUAAAUCACACUGGUACUUCAUAUAUCAAAUUUAAAUUACAUAAGUAAUGAUAUUUUUGACUACUUGAUUUAUAUUUAAUCUAUUAAAUGUCCAGAAAUAGUGAAAGAAAUGCCCAUCACCACUUGUCAGAGAUCAAGGUAACAUCCUCAGAUGUCUUGUUGUGUCCGACCAACAGUCCAAAACUUAAAUAUAUUCAGUUUACAAUGAUAUAAAACACAGAAAAGACACAUUUGAGGGGCUGGAACUAAUGAAUUUUUGAUAUUUUUCACUAUUUUUGCUUGAAAAAUCAUUGAAACGAUCAAUUAAUUAUCAAAGCUAAUUGUUUCAACCCUAAUAAUACAGAAUCUUAUUGUCAUUUACAGUAUUUUACCUUGAAUAAUCUUUGGUCAGACUAAGUAUAAAUGAUUGUACCAAAGAAAAAUGGCCACAUGCAGUUCAGCAGUUGUGAUUUUGAUCCUUGCUAGGCAACAACUUGGACAGGUAACAGUAGAAUCCUCUUCUGUUUUGUCACCUGGAAGCGUUCUUAAAAAUAACACCGGUGAUAUUUUACAUUUUUAUUACUGUCAACAAAUCAAAUGAAAAUACCCAAAUCAACAAUGUGUUUGUUAAUCUGUUUAUAAAUACUUUGACUUCUCUAAAACUUCCUAAAACAUUAGAGAGUCCCCAAUUGGUGGGGACUAUUUUCAGCGGCGGAUUAAUCCACGUUUAGCGCUGUAGUGAGUAUUUGGUGCAGCAGGACGUGAGUGUGUGUGUGUGUGUGUGUGUGUGUGUGUGUGUGUGUGUGUGUGUGUGUGUGUGUGUGUGUGUGUGUGUGUGUGUGUGUGUGUGUGUGUGUGUGUGUGUGUGUGGUGUGUGUGUGUGUGUGUGUGUGUGUGUGUGUGUGUGUGUGUGUGUGUGUGUGUCUGUGUGUGUCUGUGUGUGUCUGUGUGUGUCUGUGUGUCUGUGUGUGUGUGUGUCUGUGUGUCUGUGUGUGUGUGUGUGUGUGUGUGUGUGUGUCAAAUUAAACUCCACACACAAAAUAAUUAUUAGUAUAUGUUCAUUGCUGGUUGCGAUGUUUUCAGGGGAUUUGUUGAUAGUCAGAAAAAUACUGAAUAUCACCAAACUGCGUUCAUCGUCAUUAUUUGAAUUUAUUGGUUCAGUACAAUGAUGAAUUCAGAUGUUUGUUCCAGCUCAAAACUUUUUCUUUUUUUUGUGUGUCUCCCCAUGAAGUAGCAGUUUCAAACAAAUAUCCUACCACUUUAUACACGAUAUGCAUCCUCACGUUUUCUAGCAGGAUAAUCACAUUUUCCUUAAUUUAGAUGUACAGCACUUUCUCUUCUUCUUCUGGGUGCUGUUUGUAUUAUUGCUAGUAUUAUGUAAAUUUUAAAAAGGUUUUUUAUUAUGAGUUUGGUGUAAUUAUUUCGAGGUAUCCUGGGGCUCUGUCUUAAAGGAAUAGGAACAUUGUGAAUGAAAAAAAAAAAACACGUAUUUGCUUUCUUGAGAGCAGAUGAGAAAGUUAUUUAUUUUAAAACCUCUGAAUUUAAUUUCUUUCCUUUUUUUUACUUAUUUGUAGCAGCUUUGUCUCAGACUUACGCUAACUCGGGACCUGACCAAAUGUUAUCCAUCCUCUUUUGAGACACGUGCGUAGAGGAGAUUUUCCACAAGUGUUUUCAAAAUCACGACGACACGACAACUCCCAAAUAUUCAGUAUAUUAUUGAAUUCCUGUUUUCUUUUGAUCCCGUGUUUUAAUUUCAUUCAGAUACUGUGGGGGGGGGGGAAGAAAAAGAAGGUGUCGUCAGUGUUAAAAUACAAAGAGCCCCGUGUGAGGAAAGUAAGUUUCAGGAAAUAUACUGUGUGUAAAACAUAAAAAUACAUUUUAACCUUCCUCCUCAACACUUCCCCUCCCGCCACCUCUAACAGUAGCAUUGUGUUACAAGUGUGAAAUGUUUUCUUAUGAGCCUUUCUUACACAGAUGUGUUACCUUUUGGAUUAUUUCUUUUUUCUUUUUUUUAUGUAGAACUAAUGCAAUAAUACCUGAGGGGCAAAACUGACCUGUUGGCCAUUUUAGGACAUAAUAGAUCUUUGCUGUUGUAGCGUUGAAUAAAUCUUAAUGCUGGGGGUCGAUGAAUAAAGAUGUAAUAUGCAAGUAA